GCUUGGAACUCCUGUUCCCCUGCUUGAAUCUCAACAUUUUUAUUUAUAAAUUAAACUGAUAAUACAUAACUUUAAAGGCUAAUAUAUUUAUGGGUAACAUCACGCAAGGUGUUUGGCCUGAAUCAAAGAGCUUCAAUGAUGAAGGGAUGGGUCCUGUGCCAACACGAUGGAAAGGAUUUUGCGAAAGUGAAGGUGGAGUUCGCUGCAACAGAAAGCUUAUAGGAGCAAGGUACUUUUAUAAAGGCCGUAAUGCAGCAAUUGGCCCUAACACAACUGAACUAUCUGCACGGGACACCAACGGGCAUGGCUCCCACACCUUAUCCACAGCUGGUGGCAGCUUUGCCCCUGGAGCUAGUAUCUUUGGUUAUGGCAAUGGAACAGCCAAAGGUGGAUCACCCAAAGCUCGUGUGGCUGCUUACAAAGUCUGCUGGCCUGACGGCUGCUUUUCAGCAGAUAUCUUGGCUGGAAUUGAUGCCGCCAUAAGUGAUGGAGUCGAUGUGAUGUCAUUAUCAUUAGGUGGAACUGGUAUGAUAGAUUAUUCUACUGAUGUAAUAGCCAUUGGAACCUUAACUGCCGUCAGUAGAGGGAUUAGUGUAGUUGCCUCAUCUGGCAAUAACGGACCAGCGGCAUUUACUUCAUCCAAUGUGGCACCAUGGAUAUUUACAGUUGCUGCUAGUACAAUGGAUCGCGAUUUCUCUGCCUUUGUUAUACUUGGAAACAAUAAGAGUCUAAAGGGAACAAGUCUGUCAGACAAAGCCUUGCCUGCUGGAGAGUCUUGUCCAUUGAUAUUUGGUGAUGACGCAAAAACUGCUAAUGCAACAACUGGAAAUGCUACGCUAUGCCUACCUGGAACUCUUGAUCCUAUCAAGGUUGCUGGGAAGAUCAUAGUCUGCCUUCGAGGUGGUGGUAUGGCAAGAUCGGACAAGGGAAUUGUAGCUGCUAAUGCAGGUGCUGCUGGGAUGAUAUUGGCAAAUGGUCAAUCACAUGGGAAUGAACUUAUAACUGAUCCCCAUAUCCUUCCUGCUUCACAUAUAAGUUACACUGAUGGUUUAGCAGUUCUUGCCUACCUAAAUUCCACCAAAAAUGCAACGGCAUCAAUUUCUCCUGUACAAACAGAACUGGGAGUUAAGCCAGCUCCUAAGAUGGCCUUAUUCUCAUCCAGAGGACCUAAUUCACUUGAUCCAGAAAUCCUUAAGCCUGACAUCGCUGCACCUGGAGUUAAUGUACUCGCUGCUUAUUCUGAAGUAGCAUCGCCAUCUGAAUCUAUAUCUGAUAAGCGCCGUACUGCUUUUGCUAUAAUAUCUGGCACUUCAAUGUCAUGCCCUCACGUCUCUGGUAUUGUUGGACUUCUCAAAUCACAACACCCAGAUUGGAGUCCUGCUGCUAUCAAAUCUGCCAUCAUGACUACUGCAACAACACAAGCCAACGAUAAGAAGCCUAUCCUUGAUGAAGAUGGGAAAAAUGCAACUCCAUUUGCAUAUGGUGCUGGACAUGUACAACCAAACCUUGCAGCGGAUCCUGGCCUAGUUUAUGAUUUAACCACGAAUGAUUACCAAAACCUUCUGUGUCACCAUAAUUACAACAUAUCCUUUAUACGAUCAUUCGGAAAUGCUUCUUAUACAUGUCCUGAGAAUUUCAGUAUAUCUGAAUUCAACUGCCCUUCGAUCGCAUUUCCAAAUCUCACAGGCUCAGCCACUGUGACUCGCAGAGUUAAGAAUGUAGGCUCCCCAGGGACUUAUAAUGUUCAUGUCCUAGCACCAUCUGGAAUUUCUGUUGUAGUUGAACCUGAAAGCUUGUCAUUUACACAACCUGGUGAAGAGAAGAUAUAUAAGGUUACUUUUAACCCUGCUGUGAAUAGCACCGAGCAAAAAGACUAUGUUUAUGGGCAACUGAUGUCACACCCUACCCCUCUGUAA